CCUGUAAUUGGCCCUUGUAAUCAGAUAAUCUAUCAAGUUUAGCGCUGUGAUGUGUCAGUAGAUAGCCUAUGUACCCCACAUUUAUACGUUCAGCUAACCUACGAUUUCCCAGUUUCAGGCCGCUACCUACAUGUACCUAAGUACUUUAUCCCAUCCCUAGGGCAACAACGUUACCACUUGUAAACAACUCCUGCAGGUCUGCAACCUCUAUCUUGAAACCAUGUGCUAUGCAUUUUACAAUUUCAACGUCUGCACAUUCCUAAAAACCUUAAUACUAACCAUUGCCUUUUUUUUUUUUUCGUGGCAGAACCGCGUUCUCGCCGAUCACUGAUAAUCUAAUUUCAAGACAUUUUGAACCGGUUAACCAUCUUAUCGCUCCAAGCGAGCGCACGUCAGGUUCACCGACAUUUCGACCGAAAAUAUAGAGAACAUUAUUGCCUUUUGUGAGGGAAUCGGGGAGGAUGCCUACGGCUACAGAUGGCCCGACAGUUUCCCUGUCGUUUGCCAAUAACUUCUGGGGCAAAGAUGACGCUGGUGUAGGGCCAUUGCUUGAUCGCAUGGCCUCUGCGAAGCAAACCAGCGAUGAGCUUAGAUCUUUCUAUAGUGCCCGGGCCUCUAUCGAAGAUGAAUACGCACGCAAGCUUAUGUCGUUAAGUCGAAAAUCGUUGGGUACACACGAAAUGGGAAGCCUGAAAGUUUCACUUGAUACUAUGCGAGGAGAAGUUGAAUCCAUGGCAAAGCAGCAUGCUAGCAUCGCUGCUCAGAUGAAGACCGAGUUGGAGGAACCGCUGGCCGCCUUUGCUGGAGGAAUGAAAGAGAGACGCAAGAUCGUCCAAAAUACGGUAGAGAAACUUCUCAAAAUCAAGAUACAACAAACGAACAUGGUGAAUAAGACCCGUGAUCGCUAUGAGCAGGACUGUUUGAAAAUCAAAGGCUACCUUGCUCAGGGACAUAUGGUUAUGGGUCAGGAAGAAAGGAAAAACAAGGCCAGGCUAGAGAAGACACAGAUCAGCCUUGCCACAACAAACACUGAAUAUGAGAACGCAGUCAAAGUUCUCGAGGAGACGACUGCUAGGUGGAAUAGGGAGUGGAAAGCGGCCGCCGACAAAUUCCAGGACCUCGAGGAGGAGAGAUUGGACUUCACCAAGAGCAGUCUAUGGACUUUCGCCAACAUUGCCUCCACAGUCUGCGUUAGCGAUGAUGCUUCUUGCGAGAAGAUUCGUUUAUCUCUAGAAAAGAUGGAUGUAGAAAAGGACAUCAUGCACUUCAUCACCGAGAGGGGUACCGGCCAAGAAAUCCCAGAUCCACCCAAGUAUAUCAACUUCUGCCGUGGGGACGUGGAAGACGCUCAUUCAGAAGUCUCCGAAGACGAGAACUAUUCAGUAGCACAGUUUCCGCGGAGUAUCAAUCCUGCGUUUCGCACGUCUUCCCCCCAGCCAUCUACCUUCGAAUCGCAUCAUGAUCCCAAUUCCGCUCUUGCUCGAGAUCUGGCACAUCAUGAACCUCCUCCGCCCUCUAGUAGGGAUUUGAUUAUGCCUCCGCCAAAAACCCAGAGUUAUGCCAUGGCUCAGCAGGAUAGGCGGCGAGGAAGUGUCAUACAGCCGCAGCAAUAUCCUCAAAGCAUUAACCCGGGCUUCCGUGCUCCCUCACCUCAGCCAUCCACGUACGAAUCUCAUCAUGAUCCCAACUCGGCACUCGCUCGAGAUCUCCAACGCCGAGACCCAAAUCCCCCUACUACGCGGGAUAUACAGCGGAAUGAGCCUCCUCCUUCAUUUCCUCGAGACACGCAGCGUCGUGAGCCCGACAUCUCCCUUACCAGAGAGAUUCAACGCCACGACCCUGUCCCUUCAUAUACUCGGGAAGUGCAGCGUCGUGAACCUGAUCCCUCUAUGACAAGAGAAAUCCAACGUCGUGACCCCAAUCCUCCCAUUCCCCGAGAAAUACCCCGAGAGAUGCCUCGAGAAAUACCACGCGAAAUACCUCGGGAAGUGCCGCGAGAAAUUCCUCGUGAAGUUCCCCAAGAGGUACCUCGAGAAGCGCCCCGAGAAGUACAGCGCUUCGAACCUGAUCUUUCUCUCACAAGAGAGAUUCAACGCCGCGACCCUAAUCCUCCUGUUCCUCGAGAUGUACAGCGUAACGAUCCUAGUCCCUCAUUUCUUCGGGAUAUACAACGUCAUGAACCAAAUGCCUCCUUUACUAGGGACAUCCAACGUCACGAUACUAAUCCUCCUACUCCACGAGAUCCACCACGCAAUGAGCCGCCGCCACCUUCCAAUAGGGAGUCAGUUAUAUCACCACAGAACACCUCAGUGGCCAUUAUGGCUCCACAAGAUCGUCGGAAAGGAAGCAAUGGGGUACAGUCAUAUGAUACUUCCAAAUUCGCGCCUGUGCCCCACGAUCCGUAUCCUAUGGAUGGCAUGACAAUGUUAUGUCGUACAGAUGGCAUGAAUUCGGCGACGAGCUCGAAUUUGUCAGCACGGCCAUCAAGCGGUGAUGAUAAUAGCGAAUACUCGAACCCAACAUCUUUCUCUAGUCAAGAGCCACAAAGCGGUAAAGUGUCACCAGUGAAGCAAGAGCCCGUGGUAGUGGCACAGCCAGAAAAGCAAAUGCAAAAGAAGAAGAGUGGAUUCUUUCAGAAUCACAGUCCAUUCCGUAGAAAAAGCAUCAAGGACGUGAAGGCGUCGAACAGGAACACUUGGGGGCCUGUGUCUUCUCAGAGCGCGAUGAGUACUCACGGUACGGUCAGCUCUCGGCGCAACCAAGCUUUUAAACCGCCAGAACCCCAGAACCCAGUGUCUCAGAACCCUAUUGCAGAUAGAGUCGAAAAGACAGCGAGUCCCGAACCUAUUGAAGCGAAUGCAAGCCUAGCCCUGAAUAUUGGGCAAAACGUAUUCCCUGUGGCCAAUACUGAUAAGAGAAAACAGACCAACGAUGAUAAUACAACUCCACAAGAGGAGCAAGACCCGAUCGCUCAAGCCCUAGCGGAGCUGAAGGGUGUUGCUAGUAACAAGCAAGCUGCUGGGCGAAUCUCAGCCGAUCACUACCAUGGUAUCGCUACGCCUGUACCCGACAGAUCCCAAGCGCCGUCCCGUUCCGUACCCUUAUCCAGGGAAAGUAGCGAUAUGGCCUCUGGUAUGAGAGGUACCCCACCGCCGUCAUACGAUAUGCAGAUACAAAGACUUGGAGUUCCGCCGCCAGCUGUUACAUCUAAAGCAAUGCAGGAGGCGUCACGAAAAUAUGUGGAGCAGACCAGGGAUAUGUUCAGCGCGAAGCGUCCUGGGUCUGGAGCAUACGGCGGGGCGCAAUCUUUCAGCGGUACUCCUACUCGACCCACGACGAGAGGCAGCGAAAUGCCUCGUGCAGCAUCACCGGCGCCUCCACGGGGCGCUUCUCCUCGGCCUGGGAUGCACCCCGAGACGCGUCAGCCAGAGGCACGCCAAAGCCAACGGUCGGCAUCGCCAAACCCGUACAGUAGUAGCCAAUACCGUAACUCGCCACAGGCAGCUUCACCUAGCACGUAUGGCAGUACCCAGCAGCAGAAUUCGCCACAGACGGCAUCCCCGAUCUCAUAUAGCGCAACUCAGCGACGGGGAAAUUCACCACAACCAGCACCAUCAGUCUCUUAUAGUUCAACCCAAAGACAGGGAAAUUCGCCGCAACCAGCAUCAUCAAUUUCAUAUAGUUCAACCCAACGGCGAGGCAACUCGCCACAACCGGCGUCACCCAUCUCAUAUAGUGCAACUCAACGGCGAGGAAAUUCACCACAACCGGCUUCGCCGUUGUCGUAUAGUGCGACUCAGCGACGAGGAAACUCGCCUCAACCAGCAUCACCAAUGUCGUUUGGUGGUUCUCAGCAACGAAACUCACCACAACCUAGUAUGUCAGUGAAGCGCGGGUCAGAACAAGGAUACUUCGGGCAUCAGUCGCCGAGCAAUUCCAUGAGGGCGAAGUCUCCAUCCAUCUAUAAUGGCGAUUACAACCGCCCAACUAGUAGAGCUGAAGAGAUGGCUAUGCAACUUGCUCCAGUUGGAGAUGGGUCCGUGUACGGAUCAAUGCGUGGAAGAAGCAAUGGUAGGCCUGGUACAAGUUCGAGCUCACGGGCCAUGACUUUCUAUGACGGACGAGAUCCCGUAGUAGAGAAUUCGAGACAGCGAAGCCAGAGCGUAGCAGAUCCGAGCCGGCAGUAUACGCCAGAGGGCCGUGCCAUUUUACACUACGCUCGAGCGUUGUAUAUGUACCAAGCAGCAAUCCCCGAGGAGCUUGGAUUCGCCAAGGGAGAUAUCCUAGCCGUUCUCCGACACCAGGAUGAUGGAUGGUGGGAAGCUGAAAUUCAUUCGGGACAAGGUGUUGGUAGAGGCGGACUGGUACCUAGUAAUUAUCUACAGCCUUGUUAAGGCCAGCAUUUAAGGGGCUCUUGGUUCUGCUCUUGGUUGACGAGAUAAAGACUGACGAGGCUCACGAAAGUUGGUAUCUACACGUUGCUUAAUGUGAAUACGUAUGUUAUGGGGUGUGAUGAGCACAUAUUGAGCAGCAAGCAGGCAGGCGACUAUUUGGUUGGGUUGAAUUAUCGGUCGUCUGUUCUUGGGAGAGCAGGCUUUCGCGCGUUCGGGGGAGCGUUCGAUGCAAGUUGUUAUUCAUUGCCAGUUAGGCUAUCUAGGGCCGUUAAAGAACGGGGAGUUAAGACGAGAUUGCAUUUUGACUUUUUUUUUUGAUUAAUUACCAUUAUCAUCAUUUCCAAAUGAGAAAUUCAUAAAACUUCUAAUGAUUGAAGCUUAAAGGUACCUAACCUAGGUA